AUCCCAAAUUUGAACACGCUUCGGACAGGGCGACGAGGCCCACGACUCCGCGGCGGACGUCGAGGCGGCCUACCAAAUCCCGGCGACGACGAACAAUUCGCCAACAACGAACAAGACGUAGAAGCCGGCAGAAAUGCCGUCGUGCAGCAGACCGAUCACGAUGCCAGCAGCAGUCGGAUGAGCGCCGUCUCGAUGGGAUAUCUCGAAGACGCCUACGCGGAAACCUUCUUCCCACCAAACUCGCCAGUCGCGAAAAGAUAUCCCAUCAUCAACCGCGGCACGUACGUCCGAACCACUGCCAUUGACCAACUCGUCCUCCGCUUUCUCAAACAAAACCAAGAGCAACCCAAACAAAUCAUCUCCCUCGGCGCCGGCUCUGACACGCGCUUCUUCCGUCUCUGCGCUGGCACAACCUAUCCUGUAAUCUACCACGAACUCGACUUCGAAGCCAACGUCAUCCCCAAACGGACCUCCAUCCGCGCCUCUCCAGCUCUAUCCCGACUCAUCCUCCCCAAAGACUCCACCCAAGGACCCUCCUACCACCUCCACGCCAUCGACCUUCGCGACCUAACCCUCAAAUCUCCUCCCACAAUCCCCAAUCUCUUGAGUGAUAUCCCUACUCUCCUCCUCAGCGAAUGCUGUCUCUGCUACCUACCACCCGAAACAACCAGUAGCAUCCUCUCGUACUUCACCAUGAACAUCCCACACGCAUCUCUGGGGAUAAUCCUCUACGAACCCAUCCGACCCACGGAUGCCUUCGGACGGACAAUGGUGACCAAUCUCGCGAGUCGAGGGAUCCACAUGCAGACCAUUCAGAAAUACUCUUCGCUGACAGCGCAGCGGCAGAGAUUACGCAUCGCGGGCUUCGAGGCGGGACAAGGUGCGAGGGAUGUUCUGGGUCUUUGGAAGGAAUGGAUCGAUGCGAACGAGAGGAAGAGGGUUGAGGGCCUGGAGUGGUUGGAUGAGGUUGAGGAGUGGGAGUUGUUGGCGAAGCAUUAUUGUGUUGCGUGGGGUUGGAAGGAGGUGGUUGAGGAUGAUGGUGGAGGAGCGAAGGGGUGUUUUGGACGGGCUUGGGGAGAGGUGGAAGGUGGUGAG